UGUAGGUCUGUAAUCAAUGUUGACUUUCUGAAAAUGAAACCGGAAGUAGAAUUGUUCUUUCGGUUUAGAUUCUUCAAUAUCAAUCAUUGCACUAUUUUUAAAAAUACAAUCACGUGUAAAAUCUUGAACGCAAUGCCAGAAAUAAACAAAGUUGAUCAGAAACAGUUAUCGGAAUGGAUAAAAGGGCGACACAAGUACACAUUGCUGUUCAAAGCAUCAAGAGAUGGCUGCGUUGCCACAACAUUCCGUUCCAAUUGCAACAAUAAAGGUGCCACAGUUACAGUGUUGUAUAAUGCCAGUGGUUCUGUUUAUGGAGGUUACACAUCUGUAGCUUGGAAAGGCACUGGCGCUUAUUCACUUGACAAUAACGCAUUUUUGUUCAGAUUGUAUCAAAAUGGAACAGCCAAACCAGUCCAAUUUCCUGUCACGAAAGCAGGGCAUGCUAUAAAUGACAACCCAAACUAUGGACCAACAUUUGGUGCUGGUCAUGACUUGUAUACAUUUAAUGGAACUGUAGUUCAUGAUGGAACCUGCUAUCCUUUGAACGGUUCUACAAACUUUGGUCAUUCAUAUAACAUGAAAGGAGAGGAUUUGAAUACAAUUUGUAAUGGGAAUCUUAAAGUUACAGAUCUCGAAGUUUACAUGGUGGAAGAACUACCAAAUGCUCCUUUGGAAAAUCCAUGGAGGAGAACACCUGAGUGGAAUCUUAAGUUCUUAGAAGAAUUGAAGGCGAAUAUUGAAUAUUACAAACCACUGAAGGAACUAAAAAUUCAGCAGGCCAGAAUUUUACUCGUUGGCCAAGUUGGAGCAGGGAAAUCGAGUUUCUUCAAUACCAUAAACUCUAUUUUCCGGGGAUACAUCACUAGUCAGGCAUGCAGUGGUAACGCUGAACAUAGUCUUACAACAGUGUACCGAACGUACCAAGUUAGAAAUGGACCAUCUGGAAAACCAAUGAAUUUUCGCCUUCAUGAUACACGUGGUCUAGAAGCUGACCAAGGAAUAGAUGGACAUGAAAUUAGUUAUAUCGUAGAUGGACAUUUGCCAGACAGACAUCAGUUCAAUCCAUCACUGCCAAUUUCUCCAGAGAUACCUGGAUUUAUAACUAGUCCACAACUGUCCGACAAGAUACACUGUGUAGCAUUUGUUAUGGACAGUAGUACAGUAGAUGUUUUACCCGAAAAAGUUCUAGAGAGGAUAAAGAGCUUACAGACUAGACUCAAUCAAAAGGGUGUACCACAGGUAGUGCUAUUGACCAAAGUAGACAAAGUAUGUCCUAUAAUGACCGAGGAAUCUGUUUCGAGAGUGUUCUAUAGUCCAAUCAUUCAGGAGGUUGUAGACCGGGUAUCACAAAUCAUGGGGCUACCACGGGCUCAUAUUCUGCCCCUUAAAAACUACGAGAGCGAGAUGGAACUUGAUGAUAAUGUCAGCACUCUAGCUCUUAUAACAUUGCAACAAGUGUUACGGUUUGCUGAUGACUUUAUGUACAAUUAUCUCGAUUUACUGGAGGAGGGAAAGCUAAAACAAGAGAACAUUCGGGAAUAAGAAAAUACUGUAAUAUAAAAAAGUUGAUUUUGAGCCAAAAAAUCAAUAUUCAAUGUAACGGAGAACG